GCGCAGGUUUUCUGCUUGUGUUUUGUCUCAGACUUCAUGUGUGCCAAUCCGCCUUUACCCCUUACUUUGUGCCGCACCUGCGACAUGUUGUUCUUUAUCACUCCCCUUUAUUCCAUUUCACUGGCUUUCAGAUACUUAACGUUGAACCUGUUCCACAUUUAUCCCCACCAAUUAUACCUCAAUGACAAUCUCUGGUUGGAUCUAACCACCUACCUCGGUCUAUUGAACAUCACCUCAUUAUGUGCUGUCUCCAAAACUUUGGCAGCUACAUGUAUGCCUGUACUAUACUGCUCAGUCAAUGUCUCAGCCCUUGCAACACUUUCCAGCCUCAGACUGUUUGUGUUCCGGCUAUGUAUGUGGACAACAUCCUGCUGCUUAUGUCUGCAAAGUUGUCAUUGGUUCCUCGCGCCGUGAAGUCCUCCCUUCCACGUUUCGGUUCAACUCGUUGUAGUCAGGCUGUGUUGUUUUAGAACAGCUCCGAUAAUAUAUGUAACUGUAUUUUACUUAAAUGCAGAAAGGUGCGAUUUGCACCUGAUACCAGAACACCUCAAGCAAGGUUUGUGUCCCCGACGGGGGCAACUA